UUGUGAUCAGACACGCAAAAGAAACACACUAAGCGACGCUUGUCAGGUGCUUGGUUCCACACCGUCACCGAUCACAGCGCAACCGCCGGCCUUUUUACAACCUUUAAUAUCCAUAGCAUCACCUUAAACCUUUAAACAGUGUCUUCAUUGCUAUGGCACAUUCAGUGGGCAUGUCUAUGGUGUGAUUGACAGUGAAUAGGAAUGGGCUGUACUGAGGAACAUGCAUAAAGAAGAGUAAAGACCACACCCUGUUUAUCUUCUUGCCGCAAGCACAGGACACAAUGAGACUCAAUCCUUCCUGAAUCGCACACACUCCGCACACACACACACACACACUCAAACAACCUCCUUCACCAUGGGUUCUGUAUACCUGUGGAAGCUGUCCUCUCAGAAGUUGGGAUUCUUUCUGGUGAGUUUCGGCUUCAUAUGGGGGAUGAUGCUGCUGCAUUUCACCAUCCAGCAGAGGGCAACGCACGAGAGCAGUGCGCAGCUACGCAUGCAUAUAUUGGACCUCAGCAAACGAUAUAUCAAAGCCCUCGCCGAGGAGAACCAAAGUGUGAUGGAUGGACCCUAUGUGGGAACCAUGACAGCAUACGAUCUAAAGAAGACUCUGGCUGUUCUUUUGGAUAAUAUAAUGCAGAGAUUAUCAAAGCUGGAGUCUAAAGUGGACAAUAUCAUUUACAACGGCACCGGAACAAACCUGACAAACGGAACCGGGACCCCUGGACCAAACCAAGUGGCCCCAGAGAAAGUUAACGUGGCAGACUUGCUAAACGGAGCACAGGAAAAAUGUGAACUCCCCUCACUUGACGGGUUUCCGCAUUGUGAAGGCAAAAUCAAGUGGAUGAAAGACAUGUGGCGUUCAGACCCCUGUUACGGCAACUACGGAGUUGACGGAUCUACCUGUUCGUUCUUCAUUUACCUGAGUGAGGUUGAGAACUGGUGCCCUCAUCUGCCAUGGAGGAUCAAGAGCAUUAAUGAUGAAUCUGACAGAAAUACACAGACGGAGAUUCGUACGAGUUUUGACGAGCUGUAUCGUGUGAUGUCAAGCCGUGAAGAAUUCCGCUGGAUGAUGCUGCGAAUCAAACGCAUGGAGGAGCCAUGGGUCAGCGCUGUCCGCUCCCUUGCCAACAAACAGAACCUCCGCCACCGCAAACGCAAAAAGAUCCUGGUGCACCUGGGUCUCUUGACGAAAGAGUCUGGUUUUAAGAUCGCCGAGAACGCAUUCAGCGGUGGUCCACUCGGAGAACUCGUUCAGUGGAGUGACCUCAUCACCACACUGUACUUGCUCGGACAUGACAUCCGUAUCUCUGCGUCACUCUCCGAGCUGAAGGAGAUCAUGAAGAAAGUCAUGGGCAACAAGUCCAGUUGCCCUACAAAGGGUGAUAAAGUUGUGGAGCUCAUCUACAUAGACAUUGUUGGACUUGCACAGUUCAAGAAAACUCUGGGCCCAUCAUGGGUCCAUUAUCAGUGCAUGUUGAGGGUCCUAGACUCCUUUGGGACGGAGCCUGAGUUUAACCACGCCCACUACGCCCAGUCAAAAGGCCACAAAACUCCAUGGGGCAAGUGGAACCUGAACCCCCAACAGUUCAACACCAUGUUCCCUCACACACCAGAUAACAGCUUCCUGGGCUUCGUUGUGGAACAGCACCUGAAUGCUAGCGACUUCAAGCACAUCGACGACAUCAAACGACAAAACCAGUCUCUCGUUUACGGCAAGGUGGACAACUUCUGGAAGGAUAAACAGAAAUAUCUGGACAUCAUUCACUCAUACAUGGAAGUACACGGCACAGUUCAUGGUACCAGCACAGUCCACCUGCCGGGUUACGUCAAGAAUCAUGGCAUCUUGAGCGGCCGUGACCUCCAAUUCCUCCUUCGUGAGACCAAGUUGUUUGUCGGACUGUCCUUCCCCUAUGAAGGACCCGCCCCUUUGGAGGCCAUAGCCAAUGGCUGCGCUUUCCUGAACCCGAGAUUCGACCCCGCUAAAAGCAGCAAAAACACUGAUUUCUUCAAGGGGAAACCCACGCUAAGAGAGCUGACCUCCCAGCACCCAUACGCUGAGGUCUACAUCGGACGACCACACGUAUGGACCGUCAACAUAGACGAUCCCGCCGAGGUGGAGAACGCUAUUAAAGGAAUCCUCAGUCAGAAGAUUGAGCCAUAUCUGCCGUAUGAGUUCACCUGUGAAGGGAUGUUACAGCGCGUCAAUGCUUUCAUAGAAAACCAGGAUUUCUGUCAUGGUCAGGUGAUGUGGCCUCCUCUGAGCACCAUGCAGGUGAAAUUCGCUCCAGCAGGUAAAUCCUGCAAACAGGUGUGUCAGGAGGAGCAGCUGAUCUGUGAACCCUCAUUCUUCCAGCACCUCAAUAAAGACAAAGAUCUGGCCAGGUAUGGCAUGGAGUGUAAGACAGUGGACUCCGCCGGCGAUAUCAUCGUCCCCGCUUUCAGCGAAUCAGAGCAGCACUGCGUAUUCCAAUCCGACUUGCUGCUGUUCAGCUGCGCCGGGGCUCACCACUCCCUCACACGCAUCUGCCCCUGCAGAGACUACAUGAAAGGCCAGGUGGCGCUGUGCAAAGACUGCUUAUAACACACAAAUGCCCACACACACUCUGUAAACCCCGCACGACAAACCGUACGGUGUACGAUACGGAUACUCGCUGUUCUGGACCACUUGAGAUGUUUUGAACUUAAACGCUGGUGUGGCAGCUCUCGGAUAAGAUAAUGGAUCUUACCAAAAUUAAACGAAGGAAGAAGAAAAGAUUUGGAAACACUUUAUUUUAUAGUGUUCAUUUACGCAAGUAUGGAGUAAUACCAACAAACUAUGAAGUACUUACUGGGUAACUAUUUUUGCAGCUGCUUGUAAAUACACAAAUGAUUCUUGUUAAUAACAUGUCAGAUGUGUAACUCUGACACUGUAAAAUAAAGUGUGACGUAUUUUUGCUGGAUUUAUUUAGUGCAGACUAGUUUCAGCCUGGCAUACUUGAAGCGGCGAGCAGGGAAUCAGAACUCUACACUGCCCCCUGCAGGCCUGGAGGAAACACUGUAAUGAAACUUGUUACCCCGGAUUUUCCAUUUCUUCCCUUUCAGAAGAUGACUUUCUACAUUGGACUUUACGACUGACUCCAGAAAGCGUCUUUGGAAGAAUUUACCGUUCUGAAGGCCUUGUGUGUGUGAGUGAAUUUGCGAUUUUUAGAGUCGUAGGGAAACGACUUUGAACAAGCUUCCUUGGUUUUACACUGUAACGGAAAUUUCCGCGUUCUGGCUCUCUGAAACGAUGCAUUAUAUGUAAAUGAUAAAUGUUAAAGUCUGCUUUAUUCUGCAUGGUAGUUUAUUUCCAGUGAAGCAAAGUUGAUUUAGACACACACACGACUCUAUUACUUCUGCCGUAGGCUUGCGUGUGUGCGUUUGUACUAAAGAUCUGCCAAUUAUUAAAAUAAACACAGCACAUUUAACACUGGUCAUUUUCAGUGAACUGCCACGUAAAUAAAAAUAAUCACAAACCAGCCAGUAUAAUCGAAAACACUAACCAAUAUACCAAACUAACCAUGAAGUAACAAGUAGGAUUCGUUAAGUAAAUCGGCCAGUUUUGUCAUUGAGAUAAAUGGCUAAAAAAUAGUUAUCGCUGUUGUAUGGUUUUUGGACGUUCUAGGUUGCAGAUAAGAAUUUUCGUCAACUUGAUACCCAAACUAUCACAUAUGUUUCUGUAAAAUUUGUAUAAAAACAGAUGUGUACAUAACUAGGCUAAAAGACAGAUUUUUUUUUAUUUUGUGUUAAAAACACAGAUUGGCCUUGAGGUUUUAGUGGUGCCAGAGGGUCUGUAUUCUUGAAUUUGCCUGCCUAAUAUUUAAGUAAAGACACAAAAGUUAUUAUUAUUAGAAUCAUUUGUGUUUUGGAAUGAAAAUGCACUAUAGUGAAUUUACUAAAGAUUUGACACAAGUUAUUACGGCAUUGUAAAAAAAAGUUUGUUUUUUAAUUUAUUUUGUAUACAGAUCUUUAUGCCUGUUGAUUUUUAUUUGACUUUAUUUAUAGAAGAGAAAAUAAAUUUAUAGAGGUAAAUAUUAUGUAUCGGACUAAUUUAAAUGUGUUUAAGCGCAUAUGUUUGUCCAGAGCACUGCUUGUACAAAAGGCAAAGAAAACCAGUUAUUUAAAAGUUUUUUUUAUUCAAGUAAUUUAGAUCUGUUUUUAAAAAUUUAACUAUUAAACGUAACUAUCGUUGCACAAUUCGUUGAACACUUGAAAUGUAAAAUUAUAAAAACAUAACGUACACGUUUCCUUUGUUGUCGAUACUCUGGACAAACAUUGCGAAUGCAAUUUAAUUUUUGAUUUUCAAAAGCCAGCAAGAACCUCAUUUGAUGUUUUUAUCCAGUGUAUGAUUUCUGUAAACAUUUGCACAUUUGUAAAUAUAGAUGGGUCUCUUCUAGUUUUGCACUCUUAACUUAUACGAUAGUUUUAAGUUUGGGUUUCUGCUCUGACAAGAUCUCUACGUUUGUACGUAAAAUGAUGGUCUUCAGCCAAGCUAUUGUUUUAAGUCUUGUUUCAUGAUGUGCCUUCUGAUGGUUAUUAGAAUUAACUUCGUUUUUUCUUUUCCGAAAUCAAAAAUAUUGACGGUGGAAUGCUAGCUAGCUAAAAGCCGAAACUGUAGUUUAACAGUUUAAAGUAGAGCUAAAGUUGGCCUUUAGCGUAAAAUAGUUUUGCCAAAUGUUCGCUGUUUGUCGACACAAAAUCACAAUAAAACAAUUGCGUCAUUAAAUUUGGUUUACAGUUUUACAGUAUGAAGGAUGCCACACUGUUUUGAAAGUGUUUGUGUACGGCAACCUGAGAUAUCUAUCACUAUGGUUUUGCAUUUACAACUGUUUCAUGAAUUUAAAUUAACAUAUUAGAUUAGUCUAAUAAAAAUUGUGGCUAGUAAUUCUUACCUGCACUGUAAAACAAAUCCUGUUAAAUUUACGGUAAACUUGCAGCUCUGGUUGCCAGAAAUUCACUGUAAAAAUAGAGUAACCAUGCUUCAGGCUUUAUGGGAUGUAAUUUUGAUGCCUGUAUAUUUUACGGUGCAUUACUAUUUAUAUUAUUAAAUGAUAUAAACCUUCUGAAACUGUAAAAAUCUGCUUUUCACUUUAUAAUGUAUUGGUACUCACUGUAGUAUCUACAGAAAGGCACAUGAGUAGUGGCCUUUCCAAGAGCAAAGACCAAUAAACAUGUAGAGACAGUGCUCAGUGUCACUCACACAAACACUAAACACCAUCAGGGGAACACAUUUGAAAUUAGUAAACUUUAACUAAGCCACAUCCAAUAUAAAACAUAAAACACCUCAAUGUAGAUAAGUGAUAUUAAAAAUAAGAAGAAACAACUAUUCCCAUAAAAUAUAAUGAAAUGUGAUGGGUAACGCAGGGAAUUCUGGGAACGCCUGAUUGUUGGGUUUUUUUUACCGUAAUUUUAACAAUAAUUUACCAUAAAAAGUACAUGUACUCUCUUGUUAAACAUAAUAUACAUUUUUAUUGUUAAUUAUAUGGUAAAAUCAUACUUUUUACAUGUAAAAAUUUAAUUUUUACAACAUUGUACUGUAAAAUUACAUGUAUUGUCUUUUAAAAAUAUUAUAAUUUUUUACCGUAUAUUUUAAGGUAACUUCCCAUUUACCAAUUAAUGUUUUUUUACUGUACCAUUUUUACAGUCUUUUACCGUUACAAUUACGGACAUUUUUUACAGUGUAGUAACUACUGCUCUGCUGUCAGAAAAAUUGGAAGAAAAAAACGAAUUACAAUUGGAACAUAAUCACAUUGCUUUCUGAUGUUCAGGUUUACUUUGUUGUUAUUGUCACUUUUGUUUUAACCGGAAUGAAUUCCCAUGUAAUUUGUAAACUAUUCAAAUUGAUGUUUUUUUAUUAUCAUUAUUUAAUUUGUUUGUUUUUUGUUUUGUCUUGGUUUUUUUUUUGUUUAGUUUUUUUUAUAUAUAUUUUAAUUUGUUUUAUUUAUUUUGCUUUGCGUUUUGUAUUUGAUUUUUUUGUGUUUUGUUUUUUAUUUGUUUUUUGUUUAGUUUUUUUGCUUUGUUUUUUUAUUUGAUUUGUUUUUGUUUGUUUUUGUUUAUUUGAUUUUGUUUUAUUUAUUUUUUGUGCUUUUUUAGGGGUUUUUUUGUGUGUGUGUGUGUGUGUGUUUAUUUGUUUUAUAUUUGAUUUCGUAUUUUGUUUUUUAUUUGUUUUGGUUUCUUUUUUGCAAUGUUUUGUUUUUGAUUUGUUGUUUUUUUUGUUUAAAUUGAUUUUAUUUAUUUGUUUUGCUUUGUGUUUUGUUUCAUUUUUUAUUUGAUUUGUUGUUUUGUUUUGGGUUUUGUUUGAAUUUUUAUUUGUUUUUGUUUUUGGGGGUGGGAAUCUUUUCAUAGGUUACAUCAGAUCGUUUUAAAACAUCCACAAAGAAAGGAAAUCUUGACGAAACAAAUAAAUGGACAAAAUCUGUUUUUUGUUGUUUUGUUUUUUUCAUUGAUUUUGAGGAAUCAGUAGGAUAUAUCUUUAUUUUUCAAAUAAACUUUUUUCUGUGACAACA